GGUCCUUCCCUCCCAGACUGGUCAGCGUAUGACAAUCAGAAAAAAGGAUACUUGGUAAUCGAUGCAAACCAAUUGACAGCAAUGAAAUAUAAAGAACAUCGCAUGCAGUUAUGGGACCAAGACAUACCUCAAUUGAUGGAAUCAGCACCUACAGGAACAGUCACGAUUCAGACCAAACUGGGUCCUAUGACUGGUAAAAUAAAUUACCUGGAUGAAGAUUACCGUAAAAAAGUGUUAACAUUUUACAAUAUUCCUUUUGCCAAACCUCCAGUAGGUGAACUCCGUUUUGCCAAGCCUGUGCCCUAUGGAAGUUGGACUGGUACUCUUAAUGCUACAGAAAUUGGAAACCAGUGUAUGCAAUACGAUCCAAUGUCUCAAAUUCCUGGAGUAGAAUCCACUGAGGAUUGUUUGUACCUAAAUAUCUAUGCACCAAAUAACGUGUCAGGAUCUGUAAAGAAGCCUGUCAUGGUAUGGAUACACGGUGGUGGAUUUGUUAUAGGAUCAGCUUAUGCGUACGAUUCAAGUACUCUUGCUUUACAAGGAGAUGUUAUUGUGGUAACAAUUCAAUAUAGACUUGGUAUAUUUGGAUUUUUUUCACUUGGUAAAAAUGGAGCAUUAGGGAAUUAUGGUCUUUGGGAUCAGAUGCUAGCAUUGGAGUGGGUUCAGCAGAAUAUUGAAUCUUUUGGAGGGGAUCCCUCCUCUGUUACAAUAUUUGGAGAAUCGGCUGGAGGAGCAAGUGUUUCUCUUCUUGCUUUGAUUCCACAAAACAAAAAUAGAUUUCACCGAGUGAUCGCUCAGAGUGGUACCAUGGCAGCACCAUGGGCCAUAACAAACGCUACCGAAGCUUCAUAUGCAAUUGGAGAACUUAUGGGUUGUUCUAAAGCUCUUCUAACGUCUGAAUUUGUCAAAUGCAUGAGAAACAGUGAUGCAAACACCCUUUUAUACAGAAGUCUGGGAUAUAGUAAUAGGAAUCCAAAUUUUAUUAAUUAUGUUCCAGAAAUUGGUCCUGUAGUCGAUGGGGAAUUGAUCAAAGCUUCACCCACAUAUCUAAUGAAGACUUUUUCAUCGGAAGAAUAUAAAUUUUUCUCUUCCUUGGAUUUCAUGACUGGAACAGUCAAAUCAGACGGAAAUGUAUAUUUGCUUGUAAUGACUGAAGCAUUUCAGAGACACUACGGAAUCAAUGUAACCACGGGUAUUUCAACCGAUCAAUUUUGUAGCAUAUUCGUUUCUCCUAUUUCGGAAGAUCUGUUUAAAAACAAUUCACUCGUUUCCAAGGAAAUUUGCAACAAAUACCAGGUGAAAAACAAUGUUUCCGAGCAAAGUCGGCAAAUGGUGAAUUUUUUUACAGAUGUGUUCUUUGCCUACCCAGCAUUUGAAAGUCUUAGCUCACACAGUCAAAACAACAUCCAGUCAAGCACUUUUCAUUAUGUAUUUGAGUUAGACGUGCAGUCGUUUUUAUUUUCUUCUCCUCCUGUUUGGUACAUCGGACCUGGUCAUGCAGAUGAAUUGGGUUUAAUAUUCCCUUUUUAUCCCCUCAGUGGACAAGGAAAAUCUGUUUCAGCUGCAGUGAUGCGAUACUGGACAAAUUUUGCUAAAAGAGGAAAUCCAAACGACCCCUCCCUUCCAGACUGGACAGUUUAUGACAAUCAGAAACAAGCUUAUUUGGCAAUUAAUGCAAACCAAUUUACAGCUAUGAAAUACAAAGAACGUGACAUGCAAUUUUGGGAACAAGAUAUACCUCGUUUGAUGGAUACAACACCUACAGGAACAAUCACAAUUCCGACAAAACUGGGCUCCAUGACUGUUGGAAUGGAACUCUAA